UGGACCGUCCGCCGCGACCCCCCCGCCUACCUCUUCGGCACCAUCCACGUGCCCUACACGCGGGUCUGGGACUUCAUCCCCGACAACUCCAAGGCCGCCUUCCACGCCAGCUCCAGCGUCUACUUCGAGCUGGACCUCACCGACCCCUACACCAUCUCCGGGCUGGCCAGCUGCCAGAUGCUGCCCCACGGCGAGAACCUGCAGGACGUGCUGCCCCGCGAGCUGUACCGCCGCCUCAAACGCCACCUGGACUACGUCAAGCUGAUGCUGCCCCACUGGAUGACCCCCGACCAGCGGGGCAAGGGGCUCUACGCCGACUACCUCUUCAACGCCAUCGCCGGCAACUGGGAGCGCAAGAGGCCCGUCUGGGUGAUGCUGAUGGUGAACUCCUUGACGGAGACCGACAUCCGCUCCAGAGGGGUGCCGGUGCUCGAUCUCUACCUCGCCCAGGAGGCCGAGAGGAUGAAGAAGACGACGGGUGCGGUGGAGAGGGUGGAGGAGCAGUGUCACCCGCUCAACGGGCUCAACUUCUCCCAGGUGCUGUUUGCUCUAAACCAAACUCUGCUCCAACAUGAGAGCCUCCGAGCGGGUAGUUUGCAGGCCCCGUAUACCACUGAGGAUCUCAUCAAGCAUUAUAACUGCGGAGACCUGAAUGCUGUCAUAUUCAACCACGACACUUCUCAGGUCCCUAACUUCAUCAACACAACGCUCCCACCCCACGAGCAGGUGACGGCGCAAGAGAUAGACAGCUACUUCAGACAGGAGCUCAUCUACAAGAGGAAUGAGAGGAUGGGGAAGAGAGUGAUGGCGCUUUUAAGGGAGAACACAGACAAGAGCUUCUUCUUUGCCUUUGGAGCAGGUCACUUCCUGGGUAACAACACUGUGAUUGAUGUUCUGAGACAAGCAGGAUUUGAAGUGGAGCACACCCCUCCUGGACAACCAAUUGGAAAUUCAAGGAUGACAAAGACAAGCCCAGCCUUGGAAGGAUCCUCAGCAACAGCCCUGCCCGCUGUCCAGCUUUCCGAACAGGUCCCACUGACAUCUCCUUCCCUGAAACCCCUGCAGAUGGACGAAGAAGACAGCCUGUCUCCUCAUCUCCUGUUGCCAGAUAGCAUCAGCCAGCUGGAAGAGUUUGGCAGGCAGAAGAAAUGGCACAAGAAACAGCACAAACACCAUCGCCAGAGGCAGUUCAAUGACCUCUGGGUUCGGAUAGAAGACAGCACCACCACGUUGCCUUCCUAUAUCAGGAUAACUAAUGGCUACAUCACAGUCAAACCUCCCAUUUGGAUUUCAAACCGGCUGGAUCAGAGACCGCGUUCGGAUCACCCAUCUCAGCCUCAGCCUACAAGCUCAGCUUCAACCAGCAUUCUAUGGCCAUCAAUAACUUCUCCUCUCUGCGUGGCCAUAGCUUCUUUUCUCCUGAAUCUACUGCAGCCUUCCUGACCACAUUAGUAUUAUGUGCAAUCCCUUGGAACAGAGAAGAGAGAUAAUUUAUGAACGAAUUGGAAGUUAAGACAACAACAGUUACAAGCUGGACCUUCUCAGUGAAUCAGUAGUGCCUUCUAGCUGAUUUUGUCUCUUUGCCCAGAUACAUUUUGAAACUCUAAAGCUUUAUUGUAACACUGACUUACAUCUUCUUUUUGUAGAAGGAUCUUUAUUUCCCAUAGUGCUAUGGGGUUUUGUAAAAUAUACAUGUUCAUAUAAAGAAAAAAAAAGAAAAAGAAAAAAAUGUAUUUAUUCGACUGGUAAACUUAUUUUUUCUUAUUGUAUAUGUUAAUAACAUCCCUAUUAAUCAGUAGCGAUGGUGAAACAGAUAAAUUAAUAUUUUCUAUAUUUGUUUUCUAACUGACAACUCUGCAAAUGUCUGAACCGACACCAAAUGAAUGGCUUCUUUGUUUCUUUAACCCUCACUUUUUGCAGAAACUGUCCAAUAAGUACAUAUCUGCUGAACUUCUUUAUUUAAUUUUUUUAAUCUCAUUAGCAUAGCUCACACUGAACAAAGCAGUUCCUGCUCGCUGUGGCCUAUGCCCAUUAGAAAAAUAGAUGCAUUCUUAAGUUAUCUGCUACAACCUAAAAUCCCAGUUAUUUUUAUAUGACUUAGUAAGUCAUUAGUCCAGAUAACCCUCUAAGUUCCUGUGUUGUCUUUAACUCAACUAUUUAACUUCUUUGGAAAUUAUCAGUUUUCCUCUUUGCCCUGGGAUUAAUUCAUUAGCUUACACAAAUUAAGACACCUACUUCUUAAUAAAAAAAAUGCUUUUAAAGUC